GAUCGAUGGAAAUUUUAGGACAUAUAUAUAUAAUAAUACAAGUAUUAUUUGAUGACAUUGAAAGAUUUAAAAACGUAAGAUUAUAUUGUUUGGAGUUUACUUUAGACCACUGGCGCCUUCAUAAAACAAAGGUUCCAUUAUCAGUUAGGCUUAUAGUCCAUUCUUUUCUUUUUUUUUUAUGUAAAUAAGUAUAUAGAUCUAUUUGUGAUAUGUUUAUUAUAAAUCCUUCCCACCCUUCCAUACUUUCCUUUUAAAUUGCAAACAAGUAAACAAACAAGUUGUGUAUAAAAUGAGCUUCUUCUCCCCACCCAAUAACAUUUCAUUCAUAUAAAUAAUGGAACAAUCUCGCUACAUUUCUAGUUGAUAUCUUACAGAUUCUUCUCAUUAUUAUUUUCAUUAAUAAUAUAUACACUCUCUCCCCUCUUUUGAUCUUUUACAGUGAAGUGAUUAAUUAAAAAAAAUAACAAUUUCAUUUUAUAGUACCUGUGUUAUUUCAAAUUGUUAUUCAUUUGUACAAAAAAAAAACUUAAACACAAGUAAAUAAAUAAAAACAAAUAUAAAAUGCAAUCUUUAAGGCAAAGGGUUUUUACUGCAAUAACGAAGAAGAAAUACGAUCAAGAAAGAAGAUUUUUGAGUAGCAAGGAAAUAAUUGAACGAGACGACAAAUAUGCAGCAAAACAUUUCAAACCACUUCCCGUUGUACUCACCAAAGGAGAAGGUGUUUAUUUAUGGGACAACGAUGGGAAACGUUAUCUCGAUUUUUUAGCAGGUUUCGCAACGGUCAAUCAAGGACAUUGUCAUCCACGUUUAGUCAAAGUUAUGAAUGAACAAGCUGCAAAAUUAACUCACACUUCAAGAGCUUUUUAUACAGAGCCUCAUGGAGAAUUAGGAGAAUAUUUAACAAAAUUAAUUGGCUAUGAUAAAUUCAUACCUAUGAAUACAGGAGUUGAAGGUGGUGAUACGGCAAUUAAACUUGCAAGACGAUGGGGAUACAGAGUAAAAAAAGUCCCUAAUCAAAAAGGAACUAUUGUCUUUGCAAAAGGUAAUUUUUGGGGUCGAUCAUUAGCAGCAUUGUCAGCAUCAACUGAUCCCAAUUGUUUCAAUGAUUUUGGACCUUACAUGCCAUUAUUUGACAAAGUACCGUACAACGAUUUAACAGCAUUAGAAAACAAAUUUAAAGAAGAUCCAAAUGUUGUUGGUUUCAUGAUGGAACCAAUUCAAGGAGAAGCUGGUGUCGUUAUACCUCACGAUGGAUACUUACAAGGUGUUAGAGACUUGUGUACGAAAUACAACGUUUUAUGGAUUGCUGAUGAAGUACAAACCGGAUUGUGCAGAACUGGAAAACGUAUGGCGGUAGAUCACGAAAAUCAAAAACCAGAUAUUAUGAUUCUAGGUAAAGCCCUUUCUGGUGGAAUGUAUCCAGUUUCUGGUGUUCUAGCAAACGAUGAGGUAAUGAUGUGUUUUGAAGCUGGUUGUCAUGGUAGUACUUUUGGUGGUAGUCCUUUAGGUAACAAAGUAGCAUUGGAAGCAGUGAAAAUUUUGGAAGAAGAAAAUCUUGCGGAAAAUGCUCAAAAAUUAGGCGAAAUAUUGAAAAAUGAAUUAAACAAAUUACCGAAAGAUAUUGCUGUGGAAUUUAGAGGACGUGGCUUGUUAGCUGGUCUUCUUAUCAAUAAAGACAUGGCACAGGGUUGGGAUAUUUGCUUGAAAUUACGUGACGCAGGUUUAUUAACAAGACCUGCGCAUGGUCAGAUUAUAAGAAUAUCACCACCGUUGACCAUUACACAGAGUCAACUCGAAGAAGGUUUACAUAUUCUUACGACAACGCUAAAAAGUUUUUAAUAGAGACUGUUUAAUUCAAAUAAAAUUAAUAUAAUUUGAUUAAUAAGAA